GGAUUAUUUUACAGAUAUAAAUAGAGAACUGAAGAAGGAUCCCCAACAGGAUUACCAUCUAGAAUAUGCCAUGCAAAAUAGUACACACACCAUAAUUGAAUUUACCAGGGAGCUACAUACUUGUGACAUAAAUGAUAAAACCAUAACGGAAAGCACAGUGAGAGUGAUAUGGGCCUAUCACCAUGAAGAUAUUGGUGAAUCAGGACCUAAAUACCAUGGAUCUAAUCGGGGAACCAAGAGUCUGAAAUUGUUGAAUCCAGAGAAAAACAACAUUUUAUCCACAGCCUUACCAUACUUUGACUUGAGAAAUAAAAACGUGCCGAUUCCAAAUAAAGGCACGACAUAUUGGUGCCAAAUGUUUAAGAUACCUGUGUUCCAGGAAAAGCAUCAUGUGAUAAAGGUAGGGAACCUAUUCACAGAUUAA